AAAAUCGAUGGGCCUGUCAGUGAGAGAGGGAGAGGUAGCGAUAGAUGAUUGCAUCGGGGAGGAAGAGAAAAAUAACAACAAACACUGACAGUGAGAGGCUAAACUGGCUGGGCAGAUGAAAGGGAACCCCGCUCCAACCAGUGAAUCUUCAUAUUGCCCCCUUUUGUUGACAUCAUCACCCAAUGUGGAGGAGGAGCAUUCUUCUUUGUUACACACAUCCAUAUGUGGAUUCAUGUGAACUCUCUCUCUCUCUCUCUCUCUCUCUCUCUCUCACACACUCUCACUCUCUCACACACUCUCACUCUCUCACACACACACACAGCACCACAGUUCUUCAAGUGUGUGUGUGUAUCGGCCUGAGUAAGAAAGACAGUGCCACCCAAAACUGUGCCAUGAGAAUUUCUGGCAAAGGCCAGACCUACUCCUCUUACUGUGCCAAUUUCUAGCAUUAACUCAAUAGGAUCAUCCGCCUCUAGCUAGUUGAUUAACAGAGCUGUGUUAAAGAGGGAUUGUUGUCCUGGAAGGAGCUUCCUGCCCUCGAGGAACACCAUCCGCUCAGACUGCCUCCCUCUGGGGCUCAGACGGCAGAUGCUUCACCAGCAAGUUCCAGAGCCACCCCGCCCCAUAGAGGACCACCCCACCCCAUAGAGGACCAUCCCGCCCCAUAGAGGACCACCCGCCUGCCCUAACAGCCUCUAGGAGGGACCCACCCCGGGCGCAUCAUGGAAGGGCUGGAGGUGGAGGAUAUUAGUCCUGCCCUGGAGGCCACUGAGGACUUCCUACACUGCCUGGAUGGGGGUGGAGGCCAAAGCCACUGCCAGGGUGGGGAUGGGUUCCGGCAGCCUAGGCAACACCACCCCAAGCUGCAGGAGAUGUCUGCAGCCCUGGGGAAGCUGAGCUCUAGCGGGGUGUGGGGCCUGCUGGCCAGGGAGCAGGGGACCGAGGUGUCCCCCCGUAACGUGGCCUGGGCUGACCAGCCCUCUGCCUUCAGCGUGCUGGCUCUGAGGCAGGGGAAAAGGAGUCGUGCUCGUUCCACCAACGACCUGGCUGCCCACACCAAGGACACCAACAACACCACCUCUAACUCCUCCAACACCGCCUUUAAGAAAGGCCACAACCGCUCACGUUCUGAUGUCAACUACCGGCCGUCCUACACAGACAACGCUAAUGGCCUGCCUGCUGUGGACAAGAACAUGCUGAAGAACAUUGCUCUCAACGACCAGAGAGAAGAAGCCCAUAAGGACAGCAGCAGCGGCAGUGUGGUGAAGCAGGGCUCCUUGGAGCAUCGUGAGGGUCAGAAGGGUCGUUGGAGCAUCUGCCACCUAGAGCUGACCCCCUGUGAGCUGCGUCUCUACAGCCUGGACAGCAGUGGUAACCGCCAGCUCUGCACCGCCUACUCCCUGUCCCACUGCCAGGGGGUUAGCCAGCCCCAGCCACCACAGGAUGGACGAGUCCUCCAGGCCCUCUUCUUCAACAGCUCCACCCGCCUGCAAUUACGUGCCGCCUGCCAGUGGGAGGCGCUAGACUGGAGGAGGCAGAUCUGGGAGAGAGUAUUGGCUGCCCGGCCCGCCCACAAACAGGCAGAGCCGCCUCCGGUCUUAUCACCGUCGUCAUCCAUCUCCUCUGGAGGUCUCGACACCAGACCAGACCCCAUUGGUCCUGCUGAGGCUGUCCUGACCCCUCAUACCUCGCAUCUCCCCCCAGCCCGGCCCACGGCCCUGCCCCUGUUCACCAAGCGCUGUGCUGAUGUCCUUAAGGUGGGUCUGCUCCACCAGCAGACUGACCUCAACAACUGGAGGGCUUUCACCUUUGUGUUGAGUCGUUCCACGCUGCAGGCCUUCCCAACCGAGGGCCGGGGGCCCGUGUCCGAGCCUGUCCUCCGCUACCCGCUGGCCUCCUGCUUGGCCGUGCAGAGGGACGAGGGGGCCAGCGCCGCCCGUUUCCAGGCAGUCUUCCCCAGAGAGGUGCUCCGUUUGCGGGCUGAGAGCCAACUCAAGGCCCAGGACUGGGUGGAGGCCCUGCGGACGGCCGUGGCGGCCCAGAGGCCCCAGGGGGAGGAGGGUCAGGGCUCCAGCCAGGCCCAGCCAGGUGCAGUGUCGAUGGGGACGGGGGUGCUGCUGAGGACCAAGCCCUCCAGGGAGAGGAGGCAGAGGGAUGCCCAGAGGGCCAAGAGACAAUCAGUCACCACCAGCUUCCUCAGUAUCCUCACCUGCCUGGCUGUGGAGAAGGGCCUGACCACCCAGAGCUUCAGGUGUGCAGGGUGUCAGAAGCCAGUAGGGUUGUCGCGGGGCAAGGCCAAGGUGUGUUGCUACAGUGGCUGGUACUACUGCCAGAGCUGUCAUCAAGACAACCUGUUCCUCAUCCCUGCCCGCCUGCUGCACAACUGGGACACCAACAGACACAAGGUGUCCAAGCAGGCCAAGGAGUUCCUGGAGUUUGUGUAUGAGGAACCCCUGCUGGACGUGCAGCAGCUGAACCCGUGUCUGUAUGAACACUGUGAGGGCCUGGCUGCAGUACUGCGCCUGAGACAACAGCUCCAGUCCCUCAGAGCAUACCUGUUCAGCUGCCGUGCUGCUGUGGCCGAGGACCUCCGUAGAAGGAUCUUCCCCAGAGAAUACCUACUGCAACACAUCCACCUGUACUCACUGGCUGACCUGCAGCAGGUGAUUGAUGGGAAGCUGGCCCCCUUUCUCUCCAAGGUGAUUAAGUUUGCCAGUUCCCACGUCUUCAGCUGCAGCCAGUGCAGAGAGAAGGGCUUCAUCUGUGAGAUGUGUCAGAACGGACAGGUCAUCUACCCCUUCCAGGAGAGCGCCACUAAGAGAUGUGAUGGUUGUGGAGCGGUGUUCCAUACAGAGUGUCAUCAGAAGGCCCAGCCGUGUCCACGCUGCGUACACAGAGAGCUCCACCAUAAGAGAGCCUCGUCUUUCUGGAGCCCUGACGACGAUACACCAGGCUGCGUCACACUGCCUUACCAGUACACCUGAUCAUAAAUACACACACACACACACACCUGACACUCGGAGAUCACACACACACGCAGACACACACACACACACACACACACACACCCGGAGAUCACACACAUACGCAGACACACACACACACACACACAGACACACACACACACACACACACACACACACACACACACCGACACCCGGAGAUCACACACAUACGCAGACACACACACGCAGACACACACAGACACACACACACACAGAUUGAAACAGCGGUGCCACUCCACAGAGCUACUCUCACCAAAGUCAAUGGAAGCAUGUGUGUUUGUGUUUGUGUGUGUGAGCCGGCCAGGAUACACAGUGAGAGUGUUGAUGACUAAGAAAGGGUUAUGCUCUCUCACACACACCUGCUUUGUGAGCUACGCUGACGUCACUCUCACCUGGAUGAGAUGGAUCCCAACGCAACACCCACCGGAGAGGAACUGCUCUGCCUCUUAGCCUCUCUGCUAUGUGCUAUCAUCACACACACACGCACACAAACACAGAAAACACAAAUAACGGGAGAGGGACCAUGCUGACUCAACAGCAGUAAUGCGUCCUCUUGACUUUCUGGACACAGUCGCACACACACACACACACACACACACACACACACACACACACACACACACAUCUGGAAAUGUACAUUUCCAGCUCAUACAUUUCCGACAUCAGUGACCAACCUACAAGCUGAAACUAAUAUGCUUUUGGUGUGAUGUCACUAUAGCCUAUAUCUGGACUCUGUUGGUGUGAUGUCACUAUAGCCUAUAUCUAUAGCCUAUAUCUGGACUCUGUUGGUGUGAUGUCGCAACUCGCUAUAUAUUUGGACUAUAUAUCUGCUACAUGUCCCUACUUCACCACGCUGUCCCUCUGCCCUUCACUCUCUCUUUAUCCUCCCCUUCACAUGUUUUUGCACUAUUUAUGCAUGUUCAUUAGGAUGUCAAGCCACAGACUGGGUUAGUAGCCACUGUAUUUAAGGAUGAGUUUGCUUAUUUAACUCACCUAUUAGCUCUUAGAGGCCCUCUAACCAACCAACCUUUAUCCAGACAUAUUCAAUAGGAGGGUCCAAGUGGGGGACGCUUAUUAUGAUCAAGACACACUUGAAACUAGAAUGAGAUUGAGUCAUAGUAAUGUUCAAAUCGCAUAUCAUCCUAUCAUGUAUACUUUUUCCUUGAGCUUGAUAGGGGCAACUACUCCCUACUGCUGUCCUAUGGGGCUAGAGGCUGGUGGAUGUAUUGACUGUCUCCAUUAUACUCAGUAGCAAAGGCUCCAUCAGGUCAGCCCUACAUCUCCAGACCUCAGCCACAGAGGGCCCAAAUUACAGUCCAUGGAAAAGACCAUGCAGGGCUUAGUUAUGUUACGCAAGCCAUCUCAAACCCACAGGAGCUGGGACUCAUUCUACUGCUAUGACUCAGUUCUCUCACUCUAGAGCCAUAUAUAUAUAAGAGAGAGCGAGAGAGAGAAUGUAUAUGGGGAAAAGUAUCGAGAUUUGGUGAGGGGUGUCUAUGACUCCCAGUAGUGUGACUGGUCAAAGCUCAAAGAACUGGCGGUGGAGGAUGAGAGCCCCAGUGUGUGUACUGUAUGCGUGAGAGCCCCAGUGUGUGUACUGUGUGUGUACUGUAUGUGUGAGAGCCCCAGUGUGUGUACUGUAUGUGUGAGAGCCCCAGUGUGUGUACUGUAUGUGUGAGAGCCCCAGUGUGUGUACUGUAUGUGUGAGAGCCCCAGUGUGUGUACUGUAUGUGUGAGAGCCCCAGUGUGUGUACUGUAUGUGUGAGAGCCCCAGUGUGUGUACUGUAUGUGUGAGAGCCCCAGUGUGUGUACUGUAUGUGUGAGAGCCCCAGUGUGUGUACUGUAUGUGUGAGAGCCCCAGUGUGUGUACUGUAUGUGUGAGAGCCCCAGUGUGUGUACUGUAUGUGUGAGAGCCCCAGUGUGUGUACUGUAUGUGUGAGAGCACCAGUGUGUGUACUGUAUGUGUGAGAGCCCCAGUGUGUGUACUGUAUGUGUUAGAGCCCCAGUGUGUGUACUGUAUGUGUGAGAGCACCAGUGUGUGUACUGUAUGUGUGAGAGCCCCAGUGUGUGUACUGUAUGUGUGAGAGCACCAGUGUGUGUACUGUAUGUGUGAGAGCCCCAGUGUGUGUACUGUAUGUGUGAGAGCCCCAGUGUGUGUACUGUAUGUGUGAGAGCACCAGUGUGUGUACUGUAUGUGUGAGAGCCCCAGUGUGUGUACUGUAUGUGUGAGAGCACCAGUGUGUGUACUGUAUGUGUGAGAGCCCCAGUGUGUGUACUGUAUGUGUGAGAGCCCCAGUGUGUGUACUGUAUGUGUGAGAGCCCCAGUGUGUGUACUGUAUGUGUGAGAGCCCCAGUGUGUGUACUGUAUGUGUGAGAGCACCAGUGUGUGUACUGUAUGUGUGAGAGCCCCAGUGUGUGUACUGUAUGUGUGAGAGCCCCAGUGUGUGUACUGUAUGUGUGAGAGCCCCAGUGUGUGUACUGUAUGUGUGAGAGCCCCAGUGUGUGUACUGUAUGUGUGAGAGCCCCAGUGUGUGUACUGUAUGUGUUAGAGCCCCAGUGUGUGUACUGUAUGUGUGAGAGCCCCAGUGUGUGUACUGUAUGUGUGAGAGCACCAGUGUGUGUACUGUAUGUGUGAGAGCACCAGUGUGUGUACUGUAUGUGUGAGAGCCCCAGUGUGUGUACUGUAUGUGUGAGAGCCCCAGUGUGUGUACUGUAUGUGUGAGAGCACCAGUGUGUGUACUGUAUGUGUGAGAGCCCCAGUGUGUGUACUGUAUGUGUGAGAGCCCCAGUGUGUGUACUGUAUGUGUGAGAGCCCCAGUGUGUGUACUGUAUGUGUGAGAGCCCCAGUGUGUGUACUGUAUGUAUGAGAGCCCCAGUGUGUGUACUGUAUGUGUACUGUAUGUGUCUGAGCCCCAGUGUGUGUACUGUAUGUGUGAGAGCCCCAGUGUGUGUACUGUAUGUGUACUGUAUGUGUGAGAGCCCCAGUGUGUGUACUGUAUGUGUGAGAGCCCCAGUGUGUGUACUGUAUGUGUGAGAGCCCCAGUGUGUGUACUGUAUGUGUGAGAGCCCCAGUGUGUGUACUGUAUGUGUGAGAGCCCCAGUGUGUGUACUGUAUGUGUACUAGCCCCAGUGUGUGUACUGUAUGUGUACUGUAUGUGUGAGAGCCCCAGUGUGUGUACUGUAUGUGUGAGAGCCCCAGUGUGUGUACUGUAUGUGUGAGAGCCCCAGUGUGUACUGUAUGUGUGAGAGCCCCAGUGUGUGUACUGUGUGUGUACUGUAUGUGUCUGAGCCCCAGUGUGUGUACUGUAUGUGUGAGAGCCCCAGUGUGUGUACUGUAUGUGUGAGAGCCCCAGUGUGUGUACUGUAUGUGUGAGAGCCCCAGUGUGUGUACUGUAUGUGUGAGAGCCCCAGUGUGUGUACUGUAUGUGUGAGAGCCCCAGUGUGUGUACUGUAUUGUGUGAGAGCCCCAGUGUGUGUACUGUAUGUGUGAGAGCCCCAGUGUGUGUACUGUAUGUGUGAGAGCCCCAGUGUGUGUACUGUAUGUGUGAGAGCCCCAGUGUGUGUACUGUAUGUGUGAGAGCCCCAGUGUGUGUACUGUAUGUGUGAGAGCCCCAGUGUGUGUACUGUAUGUGUGAGAGCCCCAGUGUGUGUACUGUAUUGUGUGAGAGCCCCAGUGUGUGUACUGUAUGUGUGAGAGCCCCAGUGUGUGUACUGUAUGUGUGAGAGCCCCAGUGUGUGUACUGUAUGUGUGAGAGCCCCAGUGUGUGUACUGUAUGUGUGAGAGCCCCAGUGUGUGUACUGUAUGUGUGAGAGCCCCAGUGUGUGUACUGUAUGUGUGAGAGCCCCAGUGUGUGUACUGUAUGUGUACUGUAUGUGUCUGAGCCCCAGUGUGUGUAGUGUAUGUGUGAGAGCCCCAGUGUGUGUACUGUAUGUGUACUGUAUGUGUGAGAGCCCCAGUGUGUGUACUGUAUGUGUGAGAGCCCCAGUGUGUGUACUGUAUGUGUACUGUAUGUGUGAGAGCCCCAGUGUGUGUACUGUAUGUGUGAGAGCCCCAGUGUGUGUACUGUAUGUGUGAGAGCCCCAGUGUGUGUACUGUAUGUGUGAGAGCCCCAGUGUGUGUACUGUAUGUGUGGGAGCCCCAGUGUGUGUACUGUAUGUGUGAGAGCCCCAGUGUGUGUACUGUAUGUGUGAGAGCCCCAGUGUGUGUACUGUAGGUGUGCUUUUGGAUCCCCUUUUUCCAUUACUUGAACUCUACUUGGGCAAUAAUAUGUUUUCUCUGCAUUGUUGCCUUCUCCUCUCUUUCUUCUCCUGCUUUCUGAGGUACUGUGCUUUAAUCGUACAAAACUUUACAAGACAGAAGCUUUAGCUAGAGUCGUGUCUUCCUUAUGCAGCUGGGUCUUUAUAUUCAGAUUCUGCUUUCCCUAGAAUGUCUUUGUUUGUCACUUUCCACAUUUCUUCCCAUUUUGUCUCAUCUCUCCUGAAAGGGCCGUAGUACUCCUUAAGCUGCUCAUCCAAGUUUCAGUUUCUUUAUGUAUUCAUGUAUUUGUAUGUAAGUAUGUAUGGUUUACAUUUGAAGUUAUAAGUCAUAUUACCUUCUGGAAAAAGGCUUGAUAGAAAGCUGGAUAACAGCUAACUCUGAUUCAGGCUGUUUGUGUGGCCUGCUAACACUGAGCCAGUGUUACCAAGCAGCACUAUUGCCCUGGACAAGAGCAAGAUAACUGCUAGCUAAGUGGCAGUGCUUGUUUAAAUGCAGCUACAUUAUCAUUUGGUUUUCAGUAUUUUGACAUUUUGCACUAUCAAUUAUUUUGCUGUUAUAAUGUCUGGGGUUGUAUGCUAUUAUGUCCAGUAAAUCAAUCGCUUGUUUUUUGUGUGAAUUAUAAUUACCUGUUCUGACCAAUUCAUUAAUGUUAUUUAUUGAGUGUCUUUUCGCCUGCCUUAAAAUGAAAGCCAAUCCUGUUACAGCGAUAAUGUAGUUUGUGUGAGAUGUGUGGGCUUCCAUAUUUAAUCAUCAAAAUGCCUCAGAUGCCCAUGUAGUAUUAAGCCAUGUUUCUGUUUUUCAUUGUAUAGAAGAGAUCCAAAACCGAUGGUCACUGUUGCUUGAAUAAAGGUGUCUACUCCAAUCUGGAAAGCAAAGGAGAUAAUAUCUUAAAUAUGUUUGUUGGCUUCUAGCAAAGCUUAAUGUACUAAGAGCAGAAAGGGAAGGCUUAUAAACGGUCUGUUCUUUGAAGUAAAACUCUGUGCAUACUUGCAGUCAAAUGUACAUAACUGACGUCUAUCAGAGUGCAGGCUCUCAUAGACUGUCUUAAAAAGCUUAUAUGACUAGGAGUGUUACUGCUUCUCUUAAUGUAUGUUGAGCUUAAACAUCAGGAAUUCACUGCACUGGAAAUGGUGGACAGUACAGUCUCUACUUAGGGACUGAUGAGGGCAUUGAACCUAAGGGAAGUUUUCUCCUGGACAUGUUUUUCCCUGUUCAGAUGCACCGCCAAAUAGGGAUAUCUUUCUUUCCACAUACUUUCUCCAACCUUCACACCAUGAGCACUUGGUUUCUGGAUUCAUGAAUACACCCUGCUUUUCAAUACUGGGUUUUUAUUGUGGAUUUUACUCUGCCUUUGUUACAUUUUGUUAUUUUAUGUCACUUAUUUAUUUGAUUUAUGUUGUGCAUCAAACAGCACUUAGGACUUAAGCACUGUUUCAGGUUUCCCUACUGUUCUAUCUUUCUGUUUCAGGUUUCCCUACUGUUCUAUCUUUCUGUUUCAGGUUUCCCUACUGUUCUAUCUUUCUGUUUCAGGUUUCCCUACUGUUCUAUCUUUCUGUUUCAGGUUUCCCUACUGUUCUAUCUUUCUGUUUCAGGUUUCCCUACUGUUCUAUCUUUCUGUUUCAGGUUUCCCUACUGUUCUAUCUUUCUGUUUCAGGUUUCCCUACUGUUCUAUCUUUCUGUUUCAGGUUUCCCUACUGUUCUAUCUUUCUGUUUCAGGUUUCCCUACUGUUCUAUCUUUCUGUUUCAGGUUUCCCUACUGUUCUAUCUUUCUGUUUCAGGUUUCCCUACUGUUCUAUCUUUCUGUUUCAGGUUUCCCUACUGUUCUAUCUUUCUGUUUCAGGUUUCCCUACUGUUCUAUCUUUCUGUUUCAGGUUUCCCUACUGUUCUAUCUUUCUGUUUCAGGUUUCCCUACUGUUCUAUCUUCCUGUUUCAGGUUUCCCUACUGUUCUAUAUUUCUGUUUCUGGUUUCCCUACUGUUCUAUCUUCCUGUUUCAGGUUUCCCUACUGUUCUAUCUUCCUGUUUCGGGUUUCCCUACUGUUCUAUCUUUCUGUUUCGAUAUGUAUCACAGCCAACCUCUUACAGAGACUUGUUUCAGUACCUGACCCCUCCUUCCUCCUGCUUUUCUUUGUCUUUUUUUACCACUGAUGCCAAUAAAACAAACAACUUAAUACAG